UUCUGUUUCCUGUUCGUGGUGCAUUGUGGGGCAGGCGGGACGCCAUUAGAUCGUAGAACAGAAGCCACGCGAGGAAGUUUUAAUCCUUUAUAGCCAAGAUGUCUAUCGGUGUUCCCAUCAAGGUUCUCCAUGAAGCUGAAGGACAUAUUGUGACCUGUGAGACGAAUACAGGCGAGGUGUACAGGGGGAAGCUCAUUGAGGCGGAGGAUAACAUGAACUGCCAGAUGUCAAACAUCACUGUAACCUACAGGGACGGCAGAGUUGCACAACUUGAACAGGUCUACAUUAGAGGAAGCAAAAUCCGUUUCUUGAUACUUCCAGACAUGUUGAAAAAUGCCCCCAUGUUAAAGAGCAUGAAGAAUAAAAAUCAGGGUUCAGGUGCUGGAAGGGGGAAAGCAGCUAUUCUCAAAGCUCAAGUGGCUGCAAGAGGAAGAGGACGUGGAAUGGGCCGAGGAAAUAUCUUCCAAAAACGGCGAUAACUUUUUGUUUUUGUAUAUUUUUUUUUUUUUUUUAAAGAAAUUGUUCCAGAUAUGUAACUGAUCAAAUGUGUUUUUUGUUUAAUAAACCUGUUUCUAAUGGU